AUGGUCCUCCUCAUCCUUCCCACUGUACUGAGCAGACAGAUAGGACUGGAGGGGGUUCAGGCGACAGUGUGCUCUCGAUGGGAAACGCACACCAAAAAGGGCCUCUUUCAGGAUGGUGAUGCGAUCAUCGGAGGUCUCUUUAACCUUUAUUACAAACCUUCGUUUGCAGAGCAGGACUUCACCAAGAAGCCACAUUAUCAGAGCUGCUCUGGUUUUGGCUUCUUAGAAUUACAGUUCAUGUAUUCUGUGGCAUUUGCGGUGGAGGAGAUAAAUCGUAACAGCUCGCUGCUACAAGGAGUGAAGCUGGGUUACCGUAUACUGGACAGCUGUGGCCGAUACCCUUGGGCUCUGCAGUCAGCUCUGUCACUUAUUGGAGGAGACGAACACAGCUGCAACUUAACUGUUUCUACUCCUCAGUCUGUAACCAAUGGGCAAACUGGGGAUACAGCUGCAGCUCACGCCCUUCACAGCCUUCUCUCCUGCUCAAACAGAGACAGUCCUACAAACAACAGCUCCACCUGCUCCUCUGCAAAACACAUCACACCCAGAGAGCUUUUACAGCACUUUAAUAAAGUGAAUAUCUCCCCACCACAUGGAGAGAGGUUUUAUUUCCAAGGGGCUGAUAUUCCACCAAAGUAUGACCUUGUCAACUGGCAGAAAACCCCUGAAGGUUCACUUAAACUUGUAGUGAUUGGUUAUGUGGAUGAGUUUGAUCUCCAACUUAAUGAAACAGUUAUUCAGUGGAACACAGGAUCCAACAAUGAGGUUCCUGUCUCAGUGUGCAGUCAGAGCUGUCCCCCAGGUACCCGAAAGGCCAACAGGAAAGGAGAACCUGUUUGCUGCUUUGACUGUAUUCCAUGUGGAGAAGGAGAAAUUAGUAAUAUAACGGGUUCCCUUCACUGUCAACGUUGUCCCUCUGAGUUUUGGUCCAAUACUGAGCAAACUGUCUGUAUACGUCACGAAACAGACUUUCUUUCCUUUAAUGAAACACUGGGCAUUACUCUGACUACAGUAGCUGUGUCUGGUGUCAUAGUGACAACAGCUGUGUUUGUGGUUUUUCUGUACUACCGUCAAACACCUAUGAUGAGUUACACGGCAAGCUGUCCUUGUCUAAGUGACAGGCAAAAGUUCCCAAAUUUUUUCAGAACAAUCCCAAGUGAUGUUUACCAAGCUCAAGCCAUGGCACGGCUGGUUUUACACUUCAAAUGGACUUGGAUUGGAGCAGUGAUAUUAAAUGAUGAUUAUGGUCAUUCUGCAUUACAGGUGUUUCAGAGGGAAAUUCAGGGAAAACAAGUUUGUUUAGAUUUUAUUAAGACCAUCAGCUGGGAAACAAGUAUGGAUGAUAUAAAAAAAGCAGCAGUUACAAUUCAAGCUUCAACUGCAAGGGUAAUUCUGAUUUUUUACUCAUCGUCAGGGGCACUUCAACUAUUUCUUCAGCUGGCUCAGAGAAAUGUAACUGGUAGACUGUUUAUAGCCAGUGAGGCCUGGAGCACCAGUGAUGUUCCUCAAAAUGUUGCCCUCUCCAAGUUGUUCAGUGGUGUUGUUGGUGUGGCCAUUCGAAGUUCAACAAUACCUGGAUUUGAAAAUUAUAUCAGGAAGUUAAACCCAUAUGACCGUCCAGAGGAUGUUUGGAUUAAGGAAUAUUGGGAAAAAGAGUUUGGAUGUAGUCCUAGAUUCAAACAAUCCCAUAAAACACCUCUGUCCCUUCAAAAAUCUUCCCUCCCACCUUGCAGUGGGACAGAGACUCUGGAGGAGGUCCAGAGUCCUUUAACUGACAUGUCUCAGUUAAGGGUGACAUAUAACAUCUACCUUGCUGUUUAUGCAGCAGCUCACGCCCUUCACAGCCUUCUCUCCUGCCCAAACAGAGACAGUCCUACGAACAACAGCUCCACCUGCUCCUCUGCAAAACACAUCAAACCCAGAGAGCUUCUGAAACACAUGAACAAAGUGAAUAUCUCCACACCACAUGGAGAAAUGUUUUCCUUUCGAGGAGCUGAUAUUCCUGCAAAGUAUGACCUUGUCAACUGGCAGAAAACCACUGAUGGUCAACUGAGACUUGUGUUAAUUGGUCAUGUGGAUGAGUUUGAUGUCCACCUAAAUGAGUCUGCUAUUCAGUGGAAUAUAGGAUCCAAUGAGGUUCCUGUCUCAGUGUGCAGUAAGAGCUGUCCCCCAGGUACCCGAAAGGCCACCAGGAAAGGAGAACCUGUUUGCUGCUUUGACUGUAUUCCAUGUGGAGAAGGAGAAAUUAGUAAUAUAACAGGUUCCCCCCACUGUGAACGUUGUCCAUCUGAAUUUUGGUCCAACGUUGACCGAACUGUCUGCGUUCCUCGUCAGAUUGACUUCCUUUCUUUUAAUGAAUCGUUGGGCAUUACUCUGACUACAGCAGCUGUGUCUGGUGUCAUAGUGACAACAGCUGUGUUUGUGGUUUUUCUAUACUACCGUCAAACACCAAUGGUCCGAGCCAACAACUCAGAGCUGAGUUUCCUUCUUCUUCUGUCACUGAAGCUCUGCUUCCUGUGUUCUCUGGUGUUCAUUGGUCGUCCAUCAGUCUGGUCUUGUCGGUUCCAGCAGGCAGCCUUUGGGAUCAGCUUUGUACUCUGUGUUUCCUGUCUUCUGGUGAAGACCAUGGUGGUUCUGGCAGCUUUCCGCUCAGCUCGUCCUGGUGCUGCAGCUUUGAUGAAGUGGUUUGGUCCAGGUCUACAGAGAGGAAGUGUCUGCCUGUUCACCAGUGUACAGAUCAUCAUCUGCAUCAUAUGGUUGUCUCUCAGUCCUCCAGUACCUCACCGUAAUUUGGGUAUCCAAGGGUCAAAGGUCACUCUGGAGUGUACCAUGGCCUCUGUGGUGGCUUUCUCUCUGGUUCUGGGCUACAUCGGUCUGCUGGCCUGCACCUGUCUCUUCUCAGCUUUUCUUGCCAGGAAACUCCCAGACAACUUCAAUGAGGCCAAACUGAUCACUUUCAGCAUGCUGAUAUUUUGUGCUGUUUGGGUGGCCUUUGUCCCUGCUUAUGUUAGCUCUCCUGGGAAAUAUGUUGCUGCUGUGGAAGUUUUUGCAAUCCUGGCCUCUAGUUAUGGUUUACUGUUCUGUAUAUUUGCCCCAAAAUGUUUCAUUAUUCUCUUGAGGCCAGAGAAAAACACUAAAAAACAUAUGAUGGCAAGAUAA